CUCAGGCUCGCACGAGCGUUAACUGUCCUGUGAACACACAUUUGGCUUUCCCACCAGUGACGGUGCAAGUCAAUAUUAUGUAGGCUACUUUAAUGCUGUUGUAGCAAUCUUUCUUUGCGGAAGCUUGACGUCAAUCUAUAUAUAAAUAUAUAAAAAAUAACCGACAACCGACACUCGUGACUUUUAUGCAUUCCACGUGUGUCGUUCAACUGGGAUACACACACAACUUUGAUCUCGUCUGGAGAAAAUGAAAACAUACAGAAUACACUUUGUCAUGUGGACUGUCCUGGGAUUAGCAGCAGUCUUCAUCUCUUCCUCGGCCCUCUCAGGUGUGAAAGGAAUUGUGAAACAGAAGGUCCUCCUGCAUUGCCCCUGCGUAAAUAGAAAUGUGAGAAAGACAAUUAUCUGGCAGCUAGAAGAGCAUACCAUCGUGCUCCGUCAUGAUGGAAGUAAUAACCACACAACCAUAGGGGAGAGAUAUGAAAACAGGGUCAGUCUCUUUCUAAAUGAAGAGAAGGACAACUGUUCGCUGCUCCUCUCAGGCAUCACUGUGGCAGACAACGGGACAUACAAAUGCUCCUUUACAGCCAACGCUUUUGUCUACGAAAAAGUAAUUCUACAUGUGGCUGCGAGCUACAGUGUCUGUAUGGACCUCGUCUCAGACCAGGCUUCGGUGAGUUCCGGAGGGGGAGAGGGGUCGGGGGUGUACCAGUGUAAAGCCUCUGGGGGCUAUCCAGAGGGCCAGAUUCACUGGAAGCUGGAAGGACAUCCUCUGGUGAACCCCUCCAGGAGGGAUGUGACCCACUUGGACAACUUUACAGGACUCUACAGCCUGACCAGCAACCUGACCAUCGAGCUGAGUAAGGAUGAAACACUGCAAUGUGUGGUGGAGAACACAGCCUUGGCCUCCAACCUCACCUCCAACUCCAGCUGCAAUCAAAAGUCUAUGUCCUGGGAAGGUAGCGGUCAUUAUAAAGUAGAGGUUGCAGCAGUUGUGGCUGUCAGCCUUAUUGUGAUUUUUAUUGUGGGAGUCCUGCUGGUGUUCUUACUAACUAGAUGUCGCCGACAUGAAAGGUCAACGAGAGACACAGAGAGGCAGGAAAGAGGCGUGACCCAUUCGUUUAAUGUGUAUGAAGAUGACUCUGCCUGAAUGUGUAAAGCGUCUCCCCCCUCUGAUGCAACAAUCUCUCUUCAACUGGCAGACAA